AUGGUGAAGCGGCAGCAAAAACCGAAGUUCAAGAGCCCCAAACAAAGGUGGAAAAACGAUUGUGCUGAGAAGAUCUUUUACGAUAUUUACAAAAAAUUGCCGGCCAAUGUGAAGAAGAAGCCAGAUGCUCAAGUUGCAGCAGAAUGUUAUCGGGAGGCCGUUCGUCUCUACCCUGGUAGGAAUGGCCAACAGCGGUGGCAGCGAACCACUGAAGCCAUGCUGAAAAAGCUCCCGGUCCUGAAAGAAAGGUAUGACAAGGAGUUGGCAGUGGAGGACUUGCGUGGCAUCAUUCGCGGUCUUCUGGGUCAAAGGGACCAGCUUCGAAAGCAGAUCGAUGAUCUUCAGAAAGAAGUGGAGAGCGAAGAUCGGAAUCUGUUUGAGGUUCGUUCGCUAUUGCUUCAGAGCCAAGAAAAGCAGAAGGAGCUCCAACGUGUGGAAGCCGAACAUGCACAGAAACAGAAGGAACUUGACAUCGCAACUUGUGCUCUUCAAGCGAUGGGGGAGCAAUUAGAAAAAGCCACCGAAGAGAAAGAAGAAGAGAGAAAAAAGAAGGAGGCUUUAGCACAGGAAAAGCAGGCUUUGGCAGAACGAUUGCAGCAGGAGCAGGAAGAGAAGAACCAAGUGGCUUUGCAGAACGAAAAGCUGCGAGAUGCUCUCUGUGAACAAGAAAGCAAACAGAAGGAGAUUGAAGAGCUAUGCGCACAUUCUCAAGAUGCCUUACGAGAAGCAAGACUGGAGGCAUUCCAUGCCAGCCGCUCGAUUUACAAGCCUGAAGUCCCUCUAAGAUCUCGCAGCGGCAGCCGCCGCCCCCAUCGCAAUCUGCGGCGAGAGCAAAAUCGAGGCCACGGCCGCCACCGCGGCCACGGUCGUGUUCCCGAAGUUCCCGGAGUUCCUCGCUCUGACGACAUUUCCCGACGUCGACCACGUCGAUCAGAUCGACGAUCAGAUCGGCGCUCAGAUCGAGAUUACCGAAGGAGUCGUGACGGACGUGGCGGCCGUGACGUGAAGCACAGAGGCAGACGCCCUGUGAGACUUGUGCGAAGGAAGGGUUGACGUUGAGUCCGACGUGGACCGACAAAGCAAGCUGUGAGUUUGCAGAUUUGGAUGAUUUGGGAUGACGUAGACGAGCGCAGAGUCUUAGAAUGCAUUGGUUUGUACAGGUGCAGGGAGCAAAGCUCCACCAGUGCUUUGACUACAUUGUCUACAGAAGAAUGUGGCCGGCGGUGCCCGAGGGCAUAUUUUCCUUUAGCCAGUGCGUGCCGACACUUCCUUGGAGUGAUGGCAGAAGGCCUGGCAGAAUAUGCAGAAUGC